AUGCAGUUUGAGCUCAGGAGAUUAUCUUGUUGCUUAUCAAUGGUGGAUUGGAGUGAUUUUUGUGACGACUUUGAUGAGAGUUGGGAUCUUGAUUACAACAGUGAUUGCUAUUCAUACGAUUUUGAUUUUGAUGAUGUUACUUGUGGAGAGGACAUAAGUGACUGCUAUGCAUCCGAAAGGCAUUGGGAUCAUAGUUUGAGUGACUGCUAUGCAUAUGAAGUGGUAUCAGAUCAUGGUGAUACUUCAGCAGAGGACACUAGUGAAAGCUAUGACUCUGAAGAGGAUUAUGAUCAUGAUGAUACUGGUUCAGAAGAUGUAAGUAAUGAUGAAGAGUGGGAUCAUGAUGAUAAUGGUUCAGAGGAUGUGAGUGAUGAUGAAGAGUGGGAUCAUGAUGAUAAUGGUUCAGAGGAUGUGAGUGAUGAUGAAGAGUGGGAUCAUGAUGUUACUGGUUCAGAGGCCCCAAGUGAUUGUUCUGCCUAUGAUGAUGCAUAUUCAGAAACCUUUAGCGAUUUCUAUGACUACGACGACUAA